CUCUGCCGGUAGACAGCCCGGCCAACACUGGAGCACGCCGCCGCCCUCGCACCGAUCGCUGCUAUCCCGCUGAACCGAUGCGCCGCUCCUCCUGCCCGUCGGUGGUGCGUGCCAACGGCGGCAAGCCGCCGCCGCCGCCGAGCCGCUCCUCCGUCGCCAGCUCGACCGCCGUCGUCGUCCGUGAGUCCAUGUGCGAGCUGGCGUACGACAAGGACGAGCUGACCGAUUCGAUGAAGGGGAAGCUGAAGCAGGCCUUCAAGCUGCCGUCGCAGGAUCCGGCCAAGAUUCAGAGCUGGAACCCAGACCUGCGGCGCAAGUCCCUUGGCGUGGCCAAGCGGCCCAGUUCGUGGACGCCGGGCGCAUUCACCGCUCCGAUGGCACUGCCGCUGGUCGGUCCGGCGAUGCCGGCAGAGGAGGAGUACACCUUCGAAGAGCUCGUGCUCUGGAGGCCGCCUGAGCCGGAGACUGGCGAGUCCGCCGCCGCCGCCGCUGCAUCACCGCCCGCGCCUGCCGACGGCGCAGAGGGUUCCGACGCCGCCGUGCCCGCGCCCGACGCACCCGCCGCGCCCGCCGCGCCCGAGACGCCCGCGACAGCCGUCAGUGUCGACGGCUUCCUCUGCCGCUGGCUGCGCGAGCACCAGCGCGAGGGCGUGCAGUUCCUCUUCGACUGCUGCAUGGGCCUGCGCGACUUUGACGGCAUGGGCUGCAUCCUCGCCGACGACAUGGGCCUUGGCAAGACGCUGCAGUCGAUCGCCAUCCUGUGGACUCUGAUGACGCAAGGCAUGGACGGCCGGCCGGCGGUGACCCACACGAUCGUCGCCUGCCCCGUCUCGCUCGUCACCAACUGGGAGUCGGAGCUCAACACGAAGUGGAUCAAGGAGGCGCGCCUGCGCGCGAAGGGGAUCCAGGUGAUCGCCGUCGCGGAGGCCAAGAAGGAGGACGUGCUCAAGAUGGUGCGCCGGUUCACCACGAGCCCGUCGGCGACCUUCCGCAUCCACCAGAAGCUCUUCAAGAAGGGGCAGCAGUGCGGCCUCCUCAUCUGCGACGAGGCGCACCGCCUCAAGAACAAGGACACCAAGACGGCGCAGGCGCUCGCCUCGCUGCCGACUCGCAAGCGCAUCCUCCUCUCCGGCACGCCCAUCCAGAACGCCCUCGACGAGUUCUACUCGAUGGUGCACUUCGCCAACCCGGACCUGCUCGGCUCGGAAAAGGACUUUUGCCGCCAGUACCAGCGGCCGAUCCUGCGGGGCCGCGAGCCGGACGCGACGGACAAGGAGCGCGAGCGCGGCGAGACAAAGUCGAGCGAGCUCGGCAAGAUCGUCAACCAGUUCAUCCUGCGCCGCACCAACACGCUCCUCUCGAAGCACCUGCCGCCCAAGCUCGUCUGCGUCGUCUGCUGCUCCAUGUCGCAGCUCCAGACGCAGAUGUACCGCCAGUUCCUCGACUCCAAGGCGACGCGGCUGCUCGUCAACGGCGGCAAGCAGUCGAUGGUGCUCGAGUCGAUCAACUCGCUGCGCAAGCUCAUCAACCACCCCCUCCUCGUCUCGGAGAAGGGAAAGGCGUCCAAGGGGUUCGAGGACGCGAUCCACCUGCUCCCCGACGAGACCAUCUCGGACCGCCGCUCCGGCUCGCGGCCUGUCUUCGACCCGUCGCUCGGUGGCAAGUUCAGCGUGCUGCACCAGCUGCUGCGCUACGUCAAGGCGACCUCGUCCGACCGCUUCGUCCUCGUCUCCAACUUCACGUCGACGCUCGAGCUGAUGGAGCGCAUGUGCAUGCAGGAGGGGUGGAAGUCCUGCCGCCUCGACGGCAGCUGCUCCAUCAAGAAGCGCACGCAGAUGGAGUUCAACGACCCGCGUGGCGGCCUCUUCUGCUUCCUCCUCUCGUCCAAGGCGGGCGGCUGCGGCCUCAACCUCAUCGGCGGCAACCGGCUCGUCAUGUUCGACCCGGACUGGAACCCGGCAAACGACAAGCAGGCGGCCGCGCGGGAGAAGAUCUUCGAGCGGCAGCUCUCCAAGGAGGGCCUCUCGGGCAUCGCCACCAACGAGGAUGUCGAGGCGCCCGCGCCCGUGUCCACCUUCUCCUCCUCCCAGCUACGCGACCUCUUCUCGUACCACGAGGGCGUCCCCUCGCACCUGUACGACAAGAUCAAGGACGACGCCGACGCGGCGGAACGCGCGCCCGACGGGCCCGCCAACUCUCUCGACGAGCCGUCGCCGUCGCAGGAGGCGCCGCUGCGCCAGCAGAACGGCUGGCCAAAGGAGACUGGCGAUAUGCACCUGUGGGCGCACCACUCCACCGCGUCGUCGGCGCUCCGGCGUGCGACGCGGCACUCGUCCAAGGAGAGUGGCGGCGUCUCGUUUGUCUUUUCGCUGCAUGUCAAGGGCAAGGACCUCAAGAAGGCGCGCGCCGAGGAGGAGGAGGAGCGGAGGCGGCAGGCGGCCCCGUCGGUUUGCAGCCCUCACCGAGGCGCGUCGCGACUAGCAGGCGGCAAGGAGAACUCGCAGCCGGUGACUCUCGGUGGCAGCAAGCUCGCGUUUGGCAAGCGGCCCCUCCACGCGCUCGGCCGUCGCGGCCCGGCGUUGCCCGCUCCCAAGGCUGGCCCCGGGGCAGCCAAGCAACGGGCCCCUCCGUCAAAGGCCAAGGCGAAGCAGAGGCGGCGUGCGGUGGACUCGGACGAGGAGAGCGAGGAGGAGGAGAGCGAGGAGGAGGAGAGCGAGGAGGAGGAGAGCGAGGAGAGCGAGGAGGAGGCCGAGAGUGAGGACGAGGAGGCGGACGUGGACAUGGCUUCGGAGGCGGAGGUAGAGGCGGAGGAGACCUCGAGCGGAGCGGAGCCAGCAGCUGAGCCAGCCUCCGCCGGUGCGACCUCGGCUCAACCACAGCCAGCUCCUCCUCCUCCUCCGCCGCCGCCGCCGCCGCCGCCGCCCCCGCAGGCGUCCUCGGGGAGCUCAGCGGGCAGCGCCGCGCCGACGUCAACAUCGACGUCUUCCGCGCGCAAGUCUGGCAGCAAGCUCUCCCUCUCGCGGCGCAAGUGAGCGGGCUGACCCUGGAGGAGGCGUGGGUGGCUUCGCUUGAGCGGGGGUGCAGCACCUCAUGCCUUCUCGCGUGGAGCCCGAUGUUCCUUGCUCUUGGCAGGUCUGAGAGGUCAUUUGGACGAGAGUUUUGUGGACGAUCGUUGCGUUCGGGCCGUUGUCACUUGUCUGUCUACUGUCAGCGGGGGGACCCUGGCGUACUGGACCGCUGUAAUACGUACCCCC